AUACGUACAUAUCUUACAGAACAAUGGCACCGUUAAUAUUAAUUCCUACCAUUUAUGCGUAUGUAACUCUAUAUAAAAAGGCGUCCUGAUUCGAUACUCCUUCACAUUGUACAGCAACUCCUGACCGUCACACCUUCUCCAAAUUUUAGCACUGUAUUUUUUAAAGACUAAAAAUGUCACCCAGUUUUUUAAUUCUUUUAACCUCGUUGGUAGCCUUAACAACUGGAGUUAACAUUAUUAUCGAAUCUCCACCCGAAACAAAUUGGGGAACUUGGGGGCCCUGGUCACGUUGCCCGAACGGUCGAUAUGCUCAAGCCCUCCAAAUCCGUACGGAACCUUACCAAGGUCUCAUCAUUGACGACACAGCCGUCAAUGGGAUCCGAUUGUAUUGUGGAGAUCCCCAGAAUGCGUCUACAAUAGUGAUCACGUCUACUGUCCAAGUUUGGGGGAACUGGGGAAACGUAUACACGUGUCGUAGCGAUGGGCGUCCCGUUCCCCCAGACGGAUUCGUAUCCGGUUUUGAGUUGAGGGCAGAACGCGACCAAGGAUCCGGCGAUGACACCGCAACGAAUAACCUUAGAAUUUUCUGUACUUAUCCACCCUUUGUCGGUGUGGGGGAGCAGAUGAAGGAGGGGGACGGUUUGACCUAUGGGAGGUGGACGGGUGCGAGGAGGUGUAAUAGUAAUCAAGCCAUUUGUGCCUUGCAGACGCAGGUCGAACCGGAUCAAGGGAAUGGCGACGAUACAGCCAUGAAUAAUAUCCGAACAGAGUGCUGCGAUAAAUAAAUAAAUUUUCGAUUUAAAAUUGUCAAUUAUAUUGUAUUCAUUUAAGCAUGACUUUACAGAGCAUCUGCCCAAUGAAUAAAUAUAAACACUUAAUUUCUGA